AUGGCGAACACGGUGGCCGCCGCGCUCCCGGCGCACUCGCUGGCCUCCAUGCUGUUCUCGGGGGGCGACCCUCGGGUGCGGCACUGGGCCCUGAUGGGCUCGCCCGCGGUCAUCGUGUCCAUCCUGGCCGGCUACCUGUACUUCUCGCUGCGCCUGGGGCCCGCCCUCAUGAAGAACCGGCGACCCUUCCACAUCCGGCCACUCGUGGUCACCUACAACGUGGUCAUGGUGACGCUCAGCGUCUACUUCUUCGCGCUCACGCUCAAGCUGACGUACCUGCGCGGGAGCGGCGCCUACAGCCUCUUCUGCCAGGGCACCGACGGCGACUCGACGGCGAUGCCGCUGCUCUACCACGGCUGGUUCUACAUGCUCAUGAAGGUGGGGGAGCUGCUAGACACGGUGUUCUUUGUGCUGCUCAAGAAGAACGGCCACAUCAGCUUCCUGCACCUGCUGCACCACUCCGUGGCCCUGUCCACCGUGUGGCUGGACAUCAACAACGGCAUCACGGGCCAGGUGGCCAUGUUCCCCAUUCUCAACACGGCAGUGCACAUGGUGAUGUACACCUACUACGGCCUUGCCGCGCUCCCUCCGCGGCUGCGGCCCAACUUGUGGUGGAAGAAGUACGUCACGCAAAUCCAGAUCGUGCAGUUCUUCGCGCUCAUGAUGCACGGCUCCAUCCCGUUCUUCCACGACUGCGGCUUUCCGCUCGUCAUGGCCAGCUUCAUGGUCUUCGAGGCGGCGUUGUUCACGGGACUCUUCUCGGACUUUUACUACCGAAACUACAUUGUGCCCAAGCUGCUGUGAGCCGGCCCACCGCAACAACCCCUAGUUGUACAUAGCUGAUGACGCGUCCGCGAGUUCCCCUAUUCCCCCGCCAAUA